AUGAUGCGGAGCAAGCUAUCCUCGUCGAUGCAGAAGACCUACGAUGAGUGUUAUCUGCAAUGCUCCACUGCCAUCUUCUUCGAAGGCCAGGGUAACGAGCCAGAGGCUCUCCGCUCCUGGAAAUCGGCGCUGGAUCAGAUCAAUUACUUCAGGGCCUACAAACUUCCGUCCAACUACUCGCCCAAAUCGGAGACCGAAAGGGCCUUGUACGACUCAUUGAAGGAACUCGAGAUGCAAUGCAAAGAACGUGUGGACUUACUCGAGGCGCUCAAGAGGAGCCGGCAGGACGUCGAGCGGGAUUCGCAAGGUGAAGAGAGAUUAGAUCAUGGCGGGAGAAGGCGGCUGGAGAAGAGCAAAAGUGCAGCAGAGACACCGCUUGACAAACCGGGAUCAUGGCUCGGAGAUCACACCAUACCACCAAUGCAGAUGUCUGAACUUCCCAGCGCGACCCCAUCAAUGGCCUCGCGACCACCUCUGGGAACCGCCCGGAGUAGUGAUGCCGCCGGAAAAGACUCGAGCUCCCGGGCGCGUUACUCGCCCUUCACCGCCCCGCCAACCUUAGCCGUUCCCACCAACAAGGUCUCGCGGAGCCCGAGUCCAGAUAAUGCUGGCAGGAAAACGAUGCGGACGACGCUGCGGAGCGAGAAGAAAGGCUUUAGAAACUAUCGGUCGGCUCCGAACCGGGACAGGAUGCCAGAAACCUUGAAAGCGGCAGGUCUGGCCUGGGAAGCGCAACCCAGGAGAGGAUCACAGAUUAGCAACCGGCCAGACUCGGACCCGACGAUAGAGGCAAGACUGAGUGCCACCGCAGCCCGGCGAAGUCUCGAUCAGGACGCCACCGCCCGAUACGAGGAGCAAAGAAAGUCGAAUUCUUCUACGUUGGGGGUUCCCGAUUUUCUUCCCCAGCAAGUCUGGCGCGACAUCUCAAAUCCUGGCCAUGGGCAGCCGUCACUGAAGAGAUCCAUGGACAACCUAAAGCUUAGCUCCGAAUCCGUGCCGAAUCUGAUAGACCUGGAGCCGGAACCAGAUAGGCCUCCUCCCCCUCCCCCUCAUACCUCAUCGCCGGCUCCCGUUGCUGCCAGGGUGGGAAUGACAUCUCCUACAGUCACUCUCAAACCGCCAGACCUUUCAUACCGGAAAGAGUAUCCAACAAGGACGGUGAAACCGGCGCAAACCCUGAGCAACAGUCUCCUCGACAAAGCCUAUCCGCGCACCAGUUCGAACAAUACUGUACCUGGUAUGAGUCGCAAGCCUGUUGGGAAACCCAGGACGGCUAUAGAAACAAGAGGUCGAUCCCCGGCCAAAAGGGACGACAACACUGACAGCGACGAUGAUACCCCAAGGGGGGUUGUCGAGAGGACGCGGCGGCCUCGGGCUGGACGGACGCAGAGUGCGACCACGAUCACUCCCCCAUCGACCGAUGUAGAGUCCACGGAGGAUGAUGGGUCAAUCUCGGCGGAGGGAAAGAGGAUCGCGGAAAUUCUGCAACGACUGCCCAAGGGAUUGGACGAGAAUGCAGCGAAACAGAUACUCAAUGAAAUCGUGGUCAAGGGGGAUGAAGUCCAUUGGGAAGACGUCGCGGGCUUGGAGGCUGCAAAGAAAGCUCUAAAAGAGGCGGUGGUGUAUCCUUUCCUGAGGCCGGAUCUGUUCAUGGGUCUGCGAGAACCCGCGCGUGGAAUGCUUCUGUUUGGGCCACCAGGAACGGGCAAGACCAUGCUUGCACGAGCCGUGGCGACCGAGAGCAAGAGCACCUUUUUUGCCAUCAGUGCUAGCAGCCUGACGAGCAAAUGGCACGGCGAAUCUGAGAAGCUGGUGCGGGCGCUGUUUGCGAUGGCCAAAGCCUUGGCUCCGAGUAUCAUAUUCGUGGACGAAAUCGACUCUUUGCUCAGUACGCGGAGUGGUGCGAGCGAGCACGAGGCAUCCCGACGCAGCAAAACCGAGUUUCUGAUCCAGUGGUCGGACUUGCAGAGGGCGGCCGCGGGCAAGGAUACGACGAUUGGAGACCCUAGUCGGGUGUUGGUGCUGGCUGCGACCAAUUGUCCGUGGGACAUUGAUGAAGCGGCUCGACGUCGGUUUGUCCGGCGGCAGUAUAUUCCCUUGCCGGAAGCGGAGACCCGGGAGACCCAGAUCCGGACCUUGCUAGGACAUCAGAAGCACGAACUUGGCGAUGAAGAUAUCAAGCGGCUGGUAGAGCUGACCGAUGGAUAUUCCGGGUCCGACAUCACAGCAUUAGCUAAAGACGCGGCCAUGGGCCCUCUCCGUAAUCUGGGAGAGGCUCUAUUGUACACGCCCAAGGAGCAGAUCCGGCCUAUACGCAUGGAGGAUUUCGAGGCCAGUCUGAUCAACAUUCGCCCCAGUGUAAGCAAGAAAGGGCUGGAAGAAUUUGAGAAAUGGGCACGGGAGUUUGGAGAGCGCGGAGGAUAG